GCGAAGAAGACCGUUCAAUAAAGGUGGCGGUGUUCGCCCUGCAGGGCUUUGAGCGUAACCUUCCCUCCAAUCGGCAUGUUGUUGUGUCGCUUUGACGGGCGGUCAAAGCUUUUGGUCCGGUCGCUUCUGUGCGGAACCUCCGGUGCCCUCAAAGCUUUGGACGUCUUCCACCGGCAGCAGCGGGCCGACCCGCACAUGUCCCUGUCCCCCUUGCUGGAAACACUUUGUCAGGACGAAGUAACGUGCUCGGUCGCGGAAGCUCAGCCACUAUCUGUUCGACCCCUGGUAUGCCUGUUCCCUGCAUUAUUUAAACAGAACCUGCUGUCCUUCAUCUAUCUGGUCCACUCUGUUCUUCCUCGGAUGGCCAUUCUUCAUCUUCUCAAAUGCCUCAGACAGGACCGUCAUCCGAGCCCCUGGGUUGUUGGUCUGGUUAGACAGCUAGAAAGAGUCAUUGGGACUCACAAGGACCCCGCUCUGUGCACUCCCCUAUGCAGCCAAAGACUAAAGGCGCUGGCCCAGCAUUCGGUUGGUUUUGGGGAAACCGGAGGAUGGGCUGUGUGCUUCAGCGGUUCAACAGUAGAAUCAGAUUCUCCUCAGGAACCUGGUUCAUCAGAGCUGGCGACAAAACGGAAAAGAGAAGCCAGCGCUGUGACUGUGGACUCCGAUUGUGAGGAAAUAGGACAAGAGAAUAAACGUAAGAAGAUGGACCUCCAUGGUAGUGAAUGUCACAAUGUCGACCAAAGCAGUGCUAAAGAGAUCGCAGGGAGUUCUGAAAGUGAAGAUCCAGCAGAAACCCUCGGUGAAGAACUGCAGCUGGACUCUGGGUGUCCAUGUGAUGCCCUUCCUGAACAUAUAAAGAUCUCUGUUCUUCAAAUAAAAGAAUUACUGGAAAGUCAGACCGAGUGGGACCAGAUCUCCAUGGAAGUGGUAAAAGUGUUGAACCACUGUGACCCCGGCCAAGUGGUGGUGUUGUGCAGCAUGCUAAGUUUGCCCGACUUACCUGAGCAAACUCUGCCUAACUUGUGCAGCAGUAUUUUGGCCCCUGCUCUUGACUUCAGCUACAGCACGACCGCAACACUCAUCAAGAGCCUCCUGCUGCAGAAGGUCCUUACCCUGUCAGAUCCGGCCUCCAGAUGUUUAGUCACCGCAGUGACGUCCCUGUGUAGCCGCUAUCCCAGACCAAUGUGCGACGCUCUGAUAGGACCAGUCCUUGAGGAAAAGGACAUAGGGAACUUACAGGCUGAGCUGCUUAACAGACUGAUUGAAGGCUGCUUGGAUUCACAUUACAGACUGCUGGUGCUCCAAAUGACAUUCAAAAUAUCUUGGAGUGAGGCUGUGCUCUCCGUUAUCCACAGCUUGCUAGACUCCAAGCUUGACUUCAGUGAAGAGCUAUUCACACAGUUCAGCGAACAACUCCUCACUCAAGGUUCUCAAUUCCCAAAGUCUGUGAAAUUUGCCAAAAUAAUGCUGACAGUCCUUACCAAAUAUAACAGUCAUGUGACGGCUGCACACAAACACUCCCUCCAAGGGUGCCUGGUGGCAAAUGAGACCUUCCUGAAAAAGUCACUCCAAUCUGCUUUGAAAAGAAUUUCACACACAUAAAUUUUCUUCUGGCUUCAUAUACGUUAAUAAAACUGUUUGAAUAAGGUUAUUUUCCCUCUCUUGACUUAAGCAUUACGUAAUAUAGUGUAAUAACACUAGGUUGUUAUUUUUCCAUUCUUUACCUACAUUUUGAUAUUUUUCAGCAUAAUUCAUUUUGGACCGAAUAUUUUACUUUUUGUCAAUGACAUGUUUCGAUUAAAUAUAUUUAGACUUUUCCAUUUCAUUUUUUAUCAUUCAUUAUUUUUUCAGGGAUUUUUUUCUAAUUUAUC